AUGACGAUGAUGAUGAUAGAGGCCAUGGCUGCGGCCUCAAGCAGCUCCCCACUCCUGAUUCAAUCCAUGGCCAACCAAAAAAAGCCAUCUUCCACCGCCACCAAAACUGUCUCCUCUUCUAAAAAGGCUGUAACUGUGUUCCCUUUGGGAGAACCAGGGCCGCGAACCACAGUGUCAGGAACUUCAUCGUCAGUGAAACUACUGACGAGGGUGGAACAGCUCCGCCUCCUAACAAAAGCCGAGAAAGCUGGGUUGCUAUCAGCAGCUGAGAAGUUCGGUUUGUCGCUGUCAACCAUCGAGCGAUUAGGGCUCCUUUCAAAAGCAGAAGAACUAGGGGUUCUUUCAGCUGCAACUGACCCUGCAACUGCUUCAACCCUGUCUACAGUCAGCAUAUUGCUGCUGUUUUUGGGACCUGCUUUUGUGUAUUUUGUGCCUGAGGACUACCCUUGGGAGGUGGCACUGCAGGUUGUGGUAGCUUUAGUUGCUGUUGUUGGUGGAUCUGCUGCUUUUGCAGCUUCAAAUCUCGUGUCCAAUUUGCAAAAAUCUAGUUAA